UUUAUGCUCUAAUCUGUUUUUUUCAUGCGUUUAAUUUCAAAGUGCACGUUGAGGCUCGUGCCGGGUCGGUGGUGUGCGGCGUCGCUGCAGCCGGGCGGCCGUCGGUGGGAGUCCCCCCUGCGCGGGUCCCCUUUGCAGUGCGGAUCCAGUAGUUGGAGUAGUUGUACAGAAGAGACGCGAGGAGAGAGGAGCGCAGCAGCUGAGUGAACAAACAGAGACACACGUUAGGUUUUUUUUUUCUGCUGAGACUUAUCUCACAGACACGCACACAGAGACAGACACACACAGACAGACAGACAGACAGACACACACACAGCGACCUGUCACUGCAGCCGCUUCCGAGCCACCCGGGGAACCCGCAAGCAGCUUCACGGGAGCCGGAGGGGCGAGAGGAAAAGCGCCCGGGUCUGGUCUGGGUCCGGUGCGGUGCGCCCGAGCCGCGGCAGCCGCCUGCGAGCAACUCCCGAACGCGGUCGUCUCAGCUGGCAUGAGCUAACCCACCGGCAGCAGCCGACAUGGAGACUAAACCCUUCCUGUCACUGGGGUUCCUGAAGCCCCAGUGCUCAUUGGCCCCUCCCAUGCAGCGAGGUCGCUCAGGCGAGGGUUGUUCCUGCUUCAGCGGCAUGUGUCCCCUGCACCAGCGCCGCCUGUCCUCAGGUAACUCCUACUACUCUUCAGGCCAGAUGAGCUCCUCGCCCCUGGGCUCCCCCACGUCCCACCGAGGAAUGCACCCGUCUCUGCUCAGCCCGACGUCCAUGGGGCCCUCGGGCUCGCUGCACUCUCCCAUCAGCUCGCUGAGUUCCCCCAUGAACGGCAUGGCCUCGCCCUUCUCCGUCAUCAGCUCGCCCAUGGGCCCUCACUCGAUGAACUCGCCGGGCAUGGGCUACGGCCCCAGCGUCAGUCCCCAGAUGUUCCAGCUGAACUCGCCGAUGCACUCGAUCAGCAGCACGGAGGACAUCAAGCCGCCGCUGGGUCUCAACGGUGUGAUGAAGGUGCCCGCUCAGCCCUCCAGCACGGCCCUGUCGCUCACCAAACACAUCUGCGCCAUCUGUGGUGACCGCUCCUCAGGUAAACACUACGGGGUUUACAGCUGCGAGGGCUGCAAAGGUUUUUUCAAAAGGACGGUGCGCAAAGAUCUGACCUACACCUGCCGCGACAGCAAGGACUGUGUCAUCGACAAACGCCAGAGGAACCGCUGUCAGUACUGUCGCUACCAGAAGUGUUUAGCGAUGGGCAUGAAGAGAGAAGUUUUGUUACAUGCAGCCGUUCAGGAGGAGCGCCAGCGAGCCAAGGAGAGGAGUGAGAACGAGGUGGAGUCGACCACCUGCGCCAACGAGGACAUGCCCGUGGAGAAGAUCCUGGAGGCCGAGCAGGCGGUGGAGCCCAAGACGGAGACCUACAUCGAGACCAACCUCGGUGCGCCGUCUAACUCGCCCAACGAUCCGGUGACGAAUAUCUGUCAAGCGGCUGAUAAACAACUCUUCACCCUGGUGGAGUGGGCCAAGAGGAUCCCGCACUUCUCCGAGCUGCCGCUGGACGACCAGGUCAUCCUCCUACGAGCAGGUUGGAAUGAGCUCCUCAUUGCAUCAUUCUCGCACCGUUCGAUAGCGGUGAAAGACGGGAUCCUGUUGGCGACCGGGCUGCACGUGCACCGCAACAGCGCCCAUAGUGCCGGAGUGGGCGCCAUCUUCGACAGAGUGCUCACAGAGCUGGUGUCUAAGAUGAGGGACAUGCAGAUGGAUAAGACAGAACUGGGGUGCCUUCGAGCUAUAGUCCUUUUCAAUCCAGACUCUAAAGGUUUGUCGAACCCAGGCGAGGUCGAAGCCCUGAGAGAGAAAGUCUACGCGUCAUUAGAGGCCUACUGCAAACAGAAGUACCCCGAGCAGCCCGGCAGGUUCGCCAAGCUGUUGCUGCGGUUACCGGCGCUGCGCUCCAUCGGCCUCAAGUGUCUGGAGCACCUGUUCUUCUUCAAGCUCAUCGGGGACACGCCCAUCGACACCUUCCUCAUGGAGAUGCUAGAAGCGCCGCAUCAAAUGACAUAAUGGCGUCGAUGGUCGAGCCCUCCCCCCCACUGCCCUCUCCUCCUCCUCCUCCUCCUCCUCCCCCUGCCUCACCCACCACCCCUGGACCAGGAGCAGGGUUCCUCCUCUCUUUUUUAAGAAUCCCAUCUCCAGCGAGGGACGGAUCACGUGACUAUUUUGGAUUUUGGAGAACCUGUCUCCUGCCUGUCUCCCCUCCCCCCCGUCGUUUUGAAAACAAUGACAUCGUCACGUCUGCGGGUCUGUUUUAUACUUUGUAAAAAAUAUUAUAAAUAAGAAAUAUAUAUAUGGAAUAAAAAAAUCACACGACAAACACGAGUGUCAUCAGAGGACUGAAAUGAGGACGGACAGAGGAGGAAAAAGUAUUGAGCCAUCGUUUUCAUCUUGUCUGAUCCUACACCUUGACGAGAAGAAGCAGAGACCAUCAGACACCCACGUAUACCGGGGGGGGGGGGAUAAACUGUGAUGUGUCACAUUUGGACACUCAGCGUUGUGAUCGGGACAAUCGUGGACUGGGAGAGACUCGGGCCGUCAACACUUGAGCCCUCUCUGGACUCAGGGCUGAACUUACUCCGGGGGGAGGGACGGCGGCGGGAAGAGACUGCGGGGGGGUCCGUCUGCUCCCGCCUGACUCGACUGAACACAUCAGGUCUUGCACUAGCUGUUGGGUUUUUUGUUGUUGUUAUUUUUCUCUAAGUGUGAGCUUUCUGGAGUGGAGGCGGGUCAACAGGACUGCAAGUGUUCAAAAAAAACCUCAGGUCUCUGCCCAAUUCCAACCAAUACAACCAUGUCUUACUCUGUUAGCACUGUGCAACAUCGGGGAGGACGACGCGUCAGUCCAAUCAUCAGCCUGUCGGUCCACGUCCUGAUCGAUGAAGCUCGUUACGUACAAUCUGCACUGUUCUUUCUGCACAUAGGAAAAAACGCUGGCUGCUAACGAGCCUCAGUGGAAGCUCUGGAACCAGCCGGUGCAGAAACCUUGGAGCAACUCCUGGUGUCAUCCUCGUUUUCACCAGUUCACCGGAAUCUGAUCGCAACAAACUGACACGGCUGGAAAAAAGUGAGCUCGCCGUCUCAUCUGCGUUGGAAUAUAUCGUUUUCAUCGGCCGCUCGAGCUCCUUCUUCGUCUCUCUCGUCCGACCUCCAUUUCACACGAGAAAUCUCAGCUCUCACCAUUCACACUUCCACCCUCAGAAGAACCUCUGCUCAGAGCAGCAGGCGUCAGCUCCUUGAAAAACCUCAUAUUUACCUGUACAGAAAGUUACAACCAUUCACAGUAUUGACGUUGUGUUCAGUUUUCAUUUUUAACAACAACAAUGCACACAGAUUACCUCUGUUUCCAUCCUCGGACCUUCACUUCGUUGUUUAACCGUUUGCAGGAGGCGGGAAAGAGUGUGUGUUGUUGCAGCAGAGCCAUCUUUUGUUUUUAUUUUUGUUUUGUUUAUUUGUUUCUUACUUGGCACUUAACCUCAUGACAGCGGAGUCGGGUUCCGAGUCGGAGAGCUGACGUCGACGCAAUCGACCUCUGGGGGCGGAGUUUGGGCCCGGGCCCAAUCAGGAACGUCCCCGGUUCUCGUCCUCCUCAGAGGGACACGCACAGUCGCUCUCUCUGCACUUCUCUGGACAACCAAGUGUUAUUCAAGAUGAACUGAAAUUUUUAAAAAGAAAAUGUCUCCAUGUCGUGUAUAAACAUGCUUUACGCCCAUAUUCUGCUUUUUUCAUUUUCUCUGCUUGUUCUUUUCUUUUCAACGCUGCAGCUGCUGCAAAUCUAUGCAUCGAGUGCAUUUCCAAAGAUUGUCCACAGGGCGGGUGCAUGUGCGUACGGCUGAGUCCUUUUUAGAGCGUGUCUGUGAGCUGUGGGUCCACGAGGAUCAUUCACCUGGACGGGAGUAGAAAUGUAGUGCAGGUGAUUUUCCACACGAUUCAGAUGUUCUGGUGAAUUCAGCCUUAAGUGAUCUCAUCGCAAAGAAACAGCGAGUAACCCUCGGUUUUAAUGGAACAGUGGAGUUUAAGGGCACGUUUAGAUAAACGCAGAGUAAAGAUUCAGUUUUUACCACUUUCCCAUCAGUUCAUGGUGUGAGCGAGGGUAUGGAGUCUUGAGAGCGCCGCGUCAAUAAUCACUUCUUUUGGUAUCAGUCAAAAUAUAAUUUGAAAAACCUAAAAUAUGAAUUAGAUUUGCAUUUUCACAUUUAAUCUCAAAAGCCAAAAAGCAAAAUUUUCCAAUUAAAGGUUCUACUUUUUCCUAAUUAAAUAAUAAUUACAUUUUAAAAUUCAAUCACAAUAACAAAAAACUUUUUCCGUCAUUAUUCCACGUGCCUGAUAUUUUCUAUCUCAAGUUUUGUUCGCUGCUUUAACGUCGACACCUUCAUUAAAUGGCCGCUUUCAUUUAAAGCAGUUAAAGCGUCACGUUAAAGUGAAGUGAAGCUGUGAUUGGCCAGUUGUCGGCUUGUGACCCGCCCCCCAAGUUUAUUACUGUUUUUUUCCCACAAUUUGUCAACGUCACGAAUCUCAAAUAAAGUCGAAAUACAGAAGGUUUGGGAAAAAAGUCCAAACUCUGCCGCCCCCCUCAGGACUCCACAGAGGCGCUGACCAUGUGUCCAGGGGCCGGUUUCACAGACGGGCACCGGCAAAGGGCCCCGUUAAUCCUCCUCUGAGAAACCGAUCCCCCAGACGUCCGAUGAUCUUUUUCCUUGUGAAGGAAAACAGAAAAAGCUCCGAGCCGGUUCAGAUGGCAGCUUUGAAAUGUCAGAUACUGUCGGCUUCAAGCGGGAUUACAACAUUUUACCUUCAGUCUCCGAGCAGUUUGGACAGGAGAGAGAGAGAGAGAGAGGGAGAGGGAGAGGUGGCACCGAUUCAAGGAGCUGUGAGCGCUCUCUAGUGGAAGAGAAGCGGCACUGCAACAUUACUUGAAUUUUUUUCUACAAGUAGUCAGACGCAGAGACGGCACUUUUCUCACAGUGUUAUUAUCAUCGAUCAGACGAAACCGGGAAAAAAAGUAGCAAUAACUUGAGUGAUGAUCUCUUGGCUCGUUGUUUUUAUUCUGAAUCGACAGUUUAAAAAAAAAAAAUGGACGGUCUGUGUUAUGACUAAUUAUCCAGGUGACAGUAUUGACUGCCAGCUCGAGCUCAGUUUACAGUAUUUAUAUUCUGGGAAAUGAUUAUUGUUUGUUUAAGAAAAAUAAGCAGUUUGGUGAAAAGAGCUUUUUUUUUUUCUGUGAGACCAGGUUCGAUUUGUACCUUUUAGAGAAAAGCAGAUUUUAAUGAGAAGCACUCAGGAGAUCCCACGCCUCCGCCAAGGCCCAACCGUCCCCUCACAUUCUACAUAACUGAUCUCGUAAUGUUAAAGAAAGUGAAAACACACAUUCCUGGAUCUGCCCCCUGAUCUGAAACAGCACUAAGAUUGAACGGGUUCUUCCCCGACCCUACACUGCAUCCUUGUAUUUUAGCAUAUGGGACAAGAUGGAGAAUAUCUCUUGUACGUUUGAAGCUCUUCUGCAAAAUUUAAGUUACCAACUACCGGCAGAUGUUAGGGACAUAACUCUCAGUUGUGCUUUGGACUUGUGAUCCAGCGAUACAGGCCGAACUUGAGGACAACAAACCAACGUACAGGGGUGAAAACAUGAAAUCCUUGGCGGAGGUAAUCGAGUAAAAGGAUUUGUAAAGCAAGCUUGUGUUUUUUGACCCGACUCGAGGAAGCAUCUCCUCGUGCUCUCUCUGUUGUGAUGCAGUGUCCUGCUCUGACUUUACUGUGACCGGUUACCACAGGUAUCUUAAGCCAUAACGACGUGGGAGCUCAACUCCUUUUGCAGGAACACGGACGGACAAGGAUCUUCUCCGACGAGACACAGAAACGAUCACCCACAUGAAUGCUUUAUAACAUAAAGCUAUAUUUUGUUAAUAUGUAUAUGUGUAUAUAUUUAUAAAUAUAUAUCAACAGAUCUGUUGAUUGGGAGAGAGAGAGAGCGAGAGAGGAGGGAGGGAGGACGAGUCUUUCAGACCAAACUGCUCGGCGCCGUGUUUUCUUCAACUCAAGAGUUUCAGUGUUUUUUCUCCACAAACAUCUGAGGGGUGUGUUUUUUUUGUGUGCAUCUCGACCUUGAGUUCAUUAAAGAAUCUUAAAUCUUGAUCAACCAGCAGAAAGGAACCAGCUCCUCAGCAGUUUGUGGGACCUCAACGAGAAAAAAAACAAUGAAAGAGAGAAAACAAAACAAAAAAAGGUUUCAAAGUCUUUAAAAAAAACCUCCGAAAUGUGUGUUGCUUGGCAAUUCAGUGUUCAAACAGUGUAAUCAGGAAAAAGCUGAGCUCGUGACACAAUCACUGCUUCUUUCGUUGCAUAGACGUUAAAAAUGUUCAAGUAAAAAAAGUGAAAGAAAAAAAAAAACACUUGGAAAAAAAGAUCUAUUUUUGUACAAAGGUAAUUUUAUCCCUCGCUUAUGUGCUCUGUUCUUUGCCUUUUCUUCUGUGGGCUGUUGUAUACGUUGUGGAAAAAGCUUAUUCGACGAGGCAAGAGAACUUUUUCUGGUAGAAAACGAGAGGAACACUCGACGCCGGCGCCUCGGUAGCUGUGUCGCCUUUUACUUCGCCAUUUUCAAAUCUGUCGCUGCAAGAUGGGAAUGUCUUCUUUCAUUAUAUUUUUGUCUAUUUUUCGAAAAAAGGAGGUGGAAUUUUGUCAUCUGUUCUUUGUGGGUUGUUCUCUAAUGUUCUUUCAUGGACUGAAAAAAAAGUUAUUAAAAAAAACUUAAAAGUGA